ACAGGAACACAUCUUAAAUUAAAUGUAUUGAAUUGUCACUUUGGGGCUUCCAUACCUUCCUCCAUCUCUUCCUCGUUGGUGCUGUGAGAUGUGUCCAGAGUGAGCCCUCCUCUCUCCCCCCUCUCUGUGCUGCCCAUCUGUCAGAGUCUUUGUGCUUCAGAGACAGAGAGGCGACAGAAGAGAAAAACAGCUGGAUCUGAGGAUCCUCCAGCUAGCGGCUCGGCUAGCUGUGUCCUCCCCGGAGACAGCGCUCUCUGCCCGGCUGCGGACUCUGACAAGCUGGUCGUGCAGCUGAUGAUGUGGUGUGAAGAUGGAAGCUCCUGAAUACCUGGACCUGGAUGAGAUCGACUUCUCCGAUGAUACAGCGUAUUCUGUGACGUCUUUAAAAAGCAUCCCUGAGUUAUCCAGGAGGAGCGAUGGCCAGGCGGAGGAGAGACCAGCUCCAGCCAUCAACUGGAGUCGAGGCGUUUCCUCCCACAGCGGCGGGGGCAUCAAACCCACGGGUCUCGCUGAGGUCCACAGUAAGUUCAGACCGGUGAAGAGAGUCUCUCCUCUCAAACACCAACCAGAAACCACAGACUCAGACUCUGAUGGUAAAGUCCAGAGUCAGGGUCUGGGACUGGGGGAGCAGGGCGAGAGCAGCAAGGAUGACCCCGGCUCUGAUAAGCAGACUCACGCCUCCUCUGAUGCUCCGGGAGGGAAGCCGAAAAGCCUGGGUGGUGGCGGCGGCGGUGGAGGCAGCAGCGGCGGCAGUGGAGGUGGCGUUGGAGGGAACAACCCGCAGGCUCUCUUUGGAGAGCUGGAGCACUACGAUCUGGACAUGGAUGAGAUUCUGGAUGUGCCUUAUAUCAAGUCCAGCCAGCAGAUGUCCACGCUGCCUCGCGUCCCCCACGACAAGCGCUCUGUGACGGGAAGCAACCUGGGAGGAGGAACCCUGGAGAGGACCAGAGGAGGGACACUGAAGAGCUCGUCUUUAACCCACAACGAGCCUCUGAGUCUGGGCAGCAGCAGCUCACAGACGCAGUAUUGCGUCCUCUCCCCGGUGAAGUGGUCCGACUUAAGGAAAUCCAAGUCCAUGGAUCCAGACCUCCACCACCUGCACCGCUCCCCUGCAGGAGGAGGCUACCAGUCCGACCUGCUCCCCUCUGGACUCCUCAGCUGCUCCUCGUCUCUGUCGUCUUUCUCUGAUGCAGACAAGCUGCUGUCCGCACGAGUCUACCCAGACUCUCAGAGCCAGAGGACUGGCGGGGAGUCCUCAGGAGGUCCAGGGAUGAUGUUCCCUCUGCCCAGCAUGAACAGGCAGGAUGCUUCCAAAACCUGGACUCCUGGAUCAGGAGGUGGAGGGAGCAGCGGGGGGCCGAGGGGGUUUGGAGGAGGAGGAGGAGGGGAGGUGGACGAGGAGACGAAGAAGAACCAGAACAUCAUCAACAUCGUCAGAGAGGGGCAGAUCUCCCUGCUGCCUCACCUGGCGGCUGAUAACCUGGAGCUGAUCAGAGACGAAGACGGGAACAACCUGCUGCACAUCUCGGCCUGUCAGGGUCACGCGGACUGUCUGCAGCACCUCACCUCUCUGAUGGGGGAGGACAGCCUCAACGAGCGCAACAACCAGCAGCUCACCCCCGCCGGCCUGGGAGUCAAGAACGGUCACCUGGAGUGUGUGAGGUGGAUGGUGAGUGAGACGGAGGCCAUCGCAGAGCUGAGCUGCACCAGAGAGCAUCCCAGUCUGAUCCACUAUGCCGGGCGCUAUGGACAGGAGAAGGUCUUGCUGUGGUUGCUUCAGUUCAUGCAGGAACAGGCGAUCUCUCUGGACGAGGUGGACCAGAACGGGAACACAGCGGUCCACGUAGCGGCUCAGUACGGACACCUUACAUGCAUACAGACUCUGGUGGAGUACGGCUCCAACGUCACCGUCCAGAACCAGCAGGGGGAGCGGCCUUCCCAGAGUGCCGAGCGGCAGGGACACACCACCUGCGCUCGAUACCUGGUCGUCGUGGAAACCUGCAUGUCGUUGGCCUCGCAGGUCGUCAAACUCACCAAACAGCUCAACGAGCAAGCUGCAGACAGGAUGGUGCUGCAGAAGCAGCUGCAGAGGAUGAUGGAGCCCAGCAAGGCGGAGGGAACACCGUCCAGAUCCCCAAGCUCCCAUCAGCCCCCGGUGGAGGCGUGGCCUGAGAUGUUGUUGACAGCAGAGGGGACUCCCGGUGAAGGUCAUUGGAUGGUUCGUCAGGCCGGGGCGGGUCCAGACUCGGUGCUGCGACAGCUGCUGGGGAAGGACAUGCCGGACUCGCUGUGUCCCAGGGAGAGGCCGCCUCCUGCGGGCAGCCUCAGCAGGGACGGCGCCUGCGCCCCCGGGGCCUCUGGAGCCCGCAGGCCGGGGCUGGUGGAGAGGAGGGAGCUGAAACUGGCCAGACUCAAACAGAUCAUGCAGCGCUCUCUGAGCGAGUCAGACACAGACGGUUACCCACCAGAGGAAGGUAAAACUCAAGGAGCCUCGAACGCCCCGCGGCCCGAUCGCCCGUCUCACCUGCCGAUCGCGGAGGAGGAGCUUGCGUCCAACCACGGGAACCUGAUGAAGCAGCACCUCCCUUCCUCUGCGUCCGCCGCCACAGCUGAGAAGAAGAUUGCGUUUACUCUCAGCGGGUCAAAGUCAGUGGACAGCAUCGGUUACAACCCCUCCCCGACCUCCAGCGACCCCGAGGCCGCAGACGCCAAAACGGCGGACGCUUCCUCCGAGCUCCACGACGCCAACGGUCAGAAAGUCGCCACGAGUCCCAAGAGCGCCCUGAAGUCGCCAUCGUCUCGCAGGAAGACUUCUCAGAACCUGAAACUGAGGGUCACCUUCGACGAGCAGGUGCACAAGAGCUCCAAUCAGGAGGCAGAGCAGACCAAAGUGCAUCAUGGGAAGGAGAGGACUUCAGCAGGAAGCUCUGAGAGCAAGCGCUCGUUCGGGGCGUUUCGCUCCAUCAUGGAGACGCUGAGCGGGAAUACAAAUCACAACAACAACAGCGGGGCUCAGUCCGGCGCCGCCGUGAAACCGCCCGCCUGUCAGAACUCACCCGGCAGGAAGUCAGAGAGUAAAGGCAGCCCGGGGGGCGGAGCUAAAGGCAAGAGCAGAACCAGUAACGUUUAAGCAACAAAGCAAAGCGACCAACCGGUGCCUGCUGAGGCCAGAGAGCACAAAACCGACCGGCAGAGACGAAGAGGGAGACGAGGAGGCAGAGAACAUGAGGAAGGUUGAUGAUUAGUUUCAGAUUUUAGCACUUCUUAGUUUCAUGGUAGCCGUGAAAUCUCGGUCCAAAAUGUCCUUAAAUCCACAUUAAAGAAAGUCUAAAAUGCAAAUAAAUACAGGAUAAGAUAAACAUAGCUGAGGCACAAACUCCACCACGAGUGACCUGGCUCCAGGAUCAAAACCCGGCUUUGUAAGGACCCCCUUCUGCAUUUUUUAAAACUACUCCACAUCAGCAUUAUUAGAAGCAUCAUUAUCUAAGACAAAUAGAUGGACAGCACUUAUAAGUGGGUUAAUUUAACCCUGAAAACAAUGAGUAACAAUAUCAUGACAGGGAAUGAAACCAUACAAACUUAGUCAGGGGUUCAGUUAAUGAUAGCAACAGAACCUCACGACCUGAUUAUCCAAAGGUUUGCACGAAUAAUGCACCCGCCAAACUCAUGCAAGACUUCUUAAAAACAGAAGACAGGAAUGGUUAAAUAAAGUUAAUUGGCUCCACUUUAAUUCAAUUUAACGUCAUUGCAAAAACAACUCUUCUUCACAAACCUUGAAGCUAACAUCCUCAUUCAGUUUGAUCGAGCUGCUCUUGCUGGUCCACUCCAGAGAGGAAGUGUUAUAGAUGGUGGAAGCUGUAUUUCCUGUGCCAUGAAUUCACCUAAAAACACAGAGAACAGAUCUGAGGUCUGUCAGGAUGAGAGCGCACACAUGUAAAAAUCAAAGAGUUAAUUUGAAUAUUUUCUCCUUUUAAAAGUACAAUGUUUCAUCGUUUUUACGGUGCCUGGUUGUAAUACAGUGUUCCCACCAGACGGUGGCGAUAGAGCGCCUUAAAGCUGUUUUGCAGUAACAGAAGAAGAAGAAUGCAAACUGCAUUAAUUAGCAGAAGAAGAAGAAAACAUGCACUAUAGUCUAUUUUCUCUGUUUCUGAGUCUCACACUACGACACACAGAUUUCCAGAGACUGAGUGUGUCUCUGAAACGUGUGAUUAUUAGAACAAUCAUGGAAUAGAUGCCAAAGAUUAUCAGAUAGUAUUUUGGCUUGAAAUGCCGAUCACUCGCAGAGAGUGGAGAUGCUAACAGCUCGUCUCCUCACUCAGACGCAAAACAAGAGCAGACUGCACGGAGCUCUGACUCUUUAUGGCAAGGCAAGGCAAGGCAGCUUUAUUUGUAUAGAGCAUUUCAUACAUGAGGGCAACUCAAUGUGCUUUACAUUAAAACAUUAAAAGCAUUGGAAACAUUCAGACAGGCAUAAAAAAACAUAAUUAAAAUGACAAAUAUGAUAAAACAGAAAAGAAAAGGAACAUUAGAAAUACUUCAAAUGCAAAUCUUAAUUUUAUUUUUAACAUGAGCUAAAAUGAGCUAACAUAGGAAGGCAGUGGCAAAUAAAAACAGACUCAGUCUUUUAUUUAAAGGGGACAUAUCACGCUUUUUUCAUCAACAUAUAUUGGUCUAAGAGGUCCCCAAAACAUGUCUUUAAAGUUUAUGCUCAAAAAAACACUUUGAAAUCAGAUUCUGGUCUGCCUGAAAAGUCCUCUUCUUCAUUCCUCAUCAGAACACUCUGUUUUCCCUCUGACCACGCCCCCUCCGGAAGUGGAUGUGCCUCGGCUCUCCAGCACGUUGAUCUAAUGUUUACAUGUUGGCUGAAUAUACACGGCUGCUCAGAGACCCGCGUUACUUCAACCCUCUGAAUCUGAUCCUGACGGAGAGGCGCCUGCUGCAGGACCUUUCUGAACCAUUGGUCACAGAUUUAGUGUUUCUUGUUGUUUUAUUUAUCAGUAUGUAGACGUGUGUCUUGGUACACAGCUACGAACAUGUAGCUAUGUGGCUAUGCUAACUAGCGCUAGCACUUAUCCAUGAUAAAUAAAAAUCAUCCACUAGAUCUUCAAAUCUGCAGACGUGGGGAGUAAAACCGACCUCUGCCAGAAAGGCAGCAGGACCUUUUAUGAAGGAUUGGUCACAGAUUUAGUGUUUCUUGUCGUUUUAUUUGUCAGUAUGUCGACGUGUGUCUUGGUAUACAGCUACAGCUACAGCUAUGAACAUGUAGCUAUGUGGCUAUGCUAAUUAGCGCUAGCACUUAUCCAUGACAAAUAAAAAUCAUCCACUAGAUCUUCAAAUCUGCAGACGUGGGGAGUCAAAGCGACCUUUGUGUUUAUUAAGACAGCCUACAACUAGCAUGCCUCCCUCCUAAGCUCCUUGUUAGCACACAUGUGUGCAGGGAAUGAAAAACGGAGGAGGGGUUGAGUUGUAUUUUAUACAGUCUAUGGGCUGAACAAGCUCCGAGCUCUGACUUCCUGUUACAGACCGGAUAUUGUUGUUACGUAACAAAAACACGGAAGUCUGAAACGGCUGGUUUCAGCACACAUUUACAGAAAGGUGGAGAAAUCAGAACAGGGGCAGAAUGGAUUUUUUUCAUUCUCGGGGGGUUUGUAGACAUGCCAGGGAAACAUAUUUCAGGUAGAGAACCAUUAAAAAGUCAAUUUUGCAUGAUAUGUCACCUUUAAAAGAGGUGAGAGUUGGAGCGGACCUGCAGCUUUUAACGGCGUGUUUCAGCCUGAAUAUCUGAAGCUUUGUGAAUCAGACUUUGAGGUAGAGCAGACAGUGAUGGGAACUGAUGCUUCAUUAAUGUUUCUACACAUAUGAUAGUAAUGAAGGGAUAAAAUCAAGAGCGUGACGGUCAGCUGAAGCUGUUCCUGCUGCAGGAGUUUUAUACGUCCACCAAGUGAAAAACCACAGCGAGGGAAAAGUUGACUGUGCUCUAAUUUUAGCAUUUUAUUUGGAUGGAGUCAGAUCAGCUGAUUACAAGAAGCUCAGUAAACAAGCUGUUUAUUUAUUUACUGUUCAUUGCAGAGAGAGUGAGACUCCUUUUCCACAGAGAGGCGUCAUAAAGUUUGACUCAUCAUCCCUUCUUCACGUUAAAAUCAAACGUACCGGGGCGCUGGUGGUCUAGCGGUCUAAGCGCCCCACAUACAGAGGCUAUAGUCCUUGUCGCAGGGGUUGCUGGUUCGAUUCCCGGCCGGUCAACCAUUUCCUGCAUGUCGUCCCCCACUCUCUGCUCCCCACAUUUCCUGUCUCUCUUCAGCUGUCCUCUCAAAUAAAGGCAAAAGGCCAAAAAUAUAACUUAAAAAAAAACCAAACGUACCUUUAAAAACACGUCCAGGUUAACUUUAGCACUUAGGACAACACCUCUAAUCUGAGUCACAAUGUUCCUCAUGUUCUCAGCCUCACACGUCUCAAACGUCUCAAACGUCUGACUCACUGGUGUAGUCGAGUUAAAGGACUGAAGGAUGCAGACAGGACUCGUCUCAGCAGCUGUUUCUGUAAGUCACUCCAACAUGAAGUAAGACGAUGUUUGAUGAUAGGAAGUCUGAGGAUUAAUCACGAUGCAGAAACCUCACACUACAAAAACACCUUUAUAUUUAAUCUCAUUUAGUUCCAUUACAAACAUCACCAUGUCUCUGGAUGAAGGUCAAAUGUUCCUGUUUGUGUCUGUUUCUGUGUAAAAGAAGAAAUGUUAGUAUUUAUGUUUUAUGCACACACUUAUUUUAAAAACGUGGUUACAAUCACGCACGUGGUCAACGUGCACCAGCACAACUUUCAAACACUUUUAAAACCACUGUCUGUGUAGAGGUAUUUAAUUCUUUGAUAUUAUAUUUCACACCUUAGUAUGUCUUUGUUAUCUAUGCAGUAUUUGUUGGCAUGAAGGUGAGGUGUGUUCGAGGCAGGAGGUUUAAAGGAUGCACCUUCUGAAGGGGCGGUCCCACAGGCCGGUUACACGAACGUUAGGACGAACAAGUACCGUCAAAUCUGGAGUAUGAGUCACACCGGGUCAAGACUUCUGUCACCAUCAGCAAUGUGCAGUUUCUGUGCAGAUGUGCAGCUCCUUCUAGAAACAUCUGUUAACGCCACCAUGCAAGCUUCUCAUACGGUCGUUAAGCUCAGUCAGAUCCACAGCCAGAGACGAUUUGCAGACUCACACUAACUCCCCCUGGUGGUCACUUGUUGAAUUACACUAAAUAAUGUUUUCUUUGACUUGAUGAGGGAGAAAUAAGUCAAAAAUGGGCACCAUGGGCACCAUGGGCGCAGAUUUGGCCUGAUGGCUAAAUUGUGCGCCCAUGGGUUCGAUUCCAGCCUGCAACCCUUUUCCCACAUGUCACUCCCCCACUCUCUCCCUGUUUCCAGCUCCAUCCACCAUCCUCCCCUCUCUAAUAAAGCUGCAAAAAGCCCCAAAUAUAUAAUUUUAAUAAGAAAAAAUGGCACCAUAACAUUGGACUUCCACCAGGACCUCCAGACAGCUGGAGUCAUGUGACCGAGGUUUUCCCCCUUAGUAAUCCCUGAAUCAAGGAUUCUCCUCCUCCUCCUCUCCUCAUCCAUGUUGUCUUUCUGGUCCUCUGAAAACCUCUGACCUGUUGACUCCAGGCCUGGGAACAGCUUAUAGGACCAACCUGAUUCUUAGAGGUUUUUCAUAUGUUGUUAAAAACUGUAAAAGAUGCAUGCAUGCAAACAGUCACUUCCUUACUGUCCUACCAUUCCUGAGUUGAAUAUUAAAUGAGUGCUCCCCAAAAUAACCUUUAUACUGUACAUGCUGCAGAGCAGUUCCUGGUAUUGCAUGGUGAUAACUCUUUAAUGAGCAUCAGCCAGAGUAACACCUGGACUUCCACUUAAUCAGAGCAGGACCUCCGGACAGCUGGAGUCAUGUGACCGAGGUUUCCCCUUCUGUAAUCCCUGAAUCAAGGAUUCUCCUCCUCCUCCUCCUCUCCUCAUCUGGUCCUCUGAAAACCUCUGACCUGUUGACUCCAGGCCUGGCUCCGCUCAUCAUGACUUUGGUUUGUUGUUGUAGUUAAGUGAAAUACGAUCUGGUGAUAACACAGAGUGUUUUAUUCUGAAAAUUAACCGGAUGUUUUCAUUUUAUUUUGGUGAAACCUGACUUCCUGUCCCGCUCCAUCUGCUCUGUUGAGAUUGAUGCGUCGUGCUCCGGGAUCCGGCACAAAUAGAAGUCUUGUGGAUCUGAUCGGGCGGAUCCAGUGGAAGUUAACACAUUGACUAGAAUAGAAAGUAUCAGAUCUGGUGCUGAGACGGACCAGAAAGUAUUAAAAGUGCUUCUCAUACUCCAGAUUUUACGGUCAUUCUAGAGUCUAGAUUAUUUCUAAUCUGUCUGAAGCUUGAAACAUUAAGAGCAAGAGUUUAAUCUGACGCUCUAAUCCAGAGAUUGAAUUUCAAACUGCCAAGUAACUUUAUAUUGUUGUGGCUACUUGUUCACUUUCGUCCAAAUGUCAACAGGCUGAAGUGAAUCCACAUGUAGCAGAUCCAAGCCUGUCACAGUUUCCUUGUUCUUUAAUCUGUGGCCGUUCACUCGUCUUCUUGUUACGAUGAUGUUUUAUAACUUGACCACUCUGAAGGUUUACACUCUCCCUGUUAGAAAGUCUCAAAGUGUGUCUGAGGCAGUGGAGUCUCCGGCCUGUGGGUCGACCCCGUCCAUGAGAUUGUUUCUGAAGCAGUAUUUUUUAUUUGAAGUGUCUUCAUGGUAACCACUCCGUCGUGAUGAGAGAAAGGAUCUUCAGACUCUCGUUGUGUUCUGAAUGAACUCUCGUGUCGCUGCAGUCGUCUCUGAUGUUUACUCUCGAUGCAAACAGAAAAAAAAAAACUUUGAUGCAAUAUCGUUUGAAUGUUCAGAUCUGUGUUUGUUUUUUUUACUAACCAGCGUGUGCAGAGACAGACGGCUGCUCUGCUGUUUGAAGAAAAACUGAAAUAAACUUUUGAGCAGAA